CUCUCUGUCUCUUUCUGGUGCGCGUUCACAACACUAACCUUGGCUCGACGUCAGAGCCUGUGCAGCAGUGCAGUAUAAUGGGAGCGCAAGCAACCCAGAGCGCCUCAUAGGGGGCUGCAUAUCGCUGCUGUAUCCUCUGCUUGGCGCUCUCUAGUCCCUCCAACCCUCUCCAGCACCUCACCUAUAGCCCAUGCUUGGGCUCCCCCCUCCCCACUGGACCCGUUCCCUUCGACAUGGAUGUCCCGCCGCCCCUCGACCCGGAGGAUUGUUGUUUCUUGGCGCAGUGAAGGACGAGAAGAGGAAGGGGAAGGAAUCAUGCCGGGACUGCAAAUGGAUUUAGGAAAAGCGCAAGUGACCAUGCCGUGAUCUUGCGCAUCCAGGGCCGCCGUCACCCUGCCUUGCCCAACGACCGUAGAAGAAUUACGGGGGAAUCGAACCCGCGCACCGGGUGGAUUAAACCACUGUGCAUUUUUUAAAAACAACAUGAAGAUUACCUCCCAUCAUCUGAUGAUAACCAGUCUCGUUUUCAGGUCCAACCUCAGGCUGAUCCCGCUUCUGCUGCUGUUUCUUGGUUACUCUCGCGGGAUGCCACACGUUUUAAGAUUUGGAGGAAUAUUUGAAUCCAUUGAGAGCGGCCCCUCUGGAGCAGAGGAACUAGCCUUUAAAUUUGCCUUGAACACAAUCAACAGGAACCGCACCUUGCUCCCCAACACCACGCUGACCUAUGACAUCCAGAGAAUAAAUAUCUUCGACAGCUUUGAGGCCUCCAGGAAAGCAUGUGAUCAGCUUUCCCUCGGAGUGGCGGCCAUUUUUGGCCCCUCACACAGCUCGUCGGCCAAUGCAGUCCAGUCCAUCUGCAAUGCUUUGGGAGUGCCCCACAUCCAGACCAAGUGGAAGCAUCAAGUGUCAGACAACAGGGACUCAUACUAUGUCAGCCUGUAUCCCGACUUCUCUUCCCUCAGUAGAGCCAUCCUUGACCUGGUGCACUUCUUCAAGUGGAGAACAGUCACUGUGGUGUAUGACGACAGCACAGGUACAGGUCUCAUUCGACUGCAGGAGCUGAUCAAGGCACCGUCACGAUACAACAUUCGUUUGAAGAUCCGACAGCUGCCCACAGAGACCAAGGACGCCAAGCCACUUCUGAAGGAGAUGAAGAAGGCAAAGGAGUUCCACGUUAUCUUUGAUUGUGGACAUGAGAUGGCUGCCUGGAUCCUGAAGCAGGCCCUGGCCAUGGGUAUGAUGACAGAGUACUACCAUUAUAUUUUUACUACCCUGGACCUUUUUGCCCUCGACAUGGAGCCGUAUCGUUAUAGUGGAGUCAACAUGACGGGGUUCCGCAUCCUCAACACAGAAAACUCUCAGGUGUCGUCAAUCAUCGAGAAGUGGUCAAUGGAGCGGCUUCAAGCCCCACCCAAACCGGACUCAGGCCUGCUUGAUGGAUUCAUGACGACGGAUGCAGCGCUGAUGUACGACGCCGUGCAUGUGGUGGCAGUGGCAGUGCAGCAAUCGCAGCAGAUCACCGUCAGCUCUCUACAGUGUAAUCGCCACAAGCCAUGGCGCUUCGGGGCUCGUUUCAUCAGCCUCAUCAAAGAGGCUCACUGGGAUGGUUUGACAGGACGUGUUCUCUUCAACAAGACCAAUGGACUGAGGACAGAUUUCGACCUGGAUGUCAUCAGUCUGAAGGAGGAGGGGCUGGAAAAGAUUGGAACAUGGGAUCCUCCCAGCGGUCUGAAUAUGACAGACACUCACAAAAGCAAGACAUCCAACAUCACAGACUCUCUGGCUAACAAAUCCCUGCGUGUAUCCACCAUACUGGAGGAGCCAUAUGUGAUGUUUAAGAAGUCAGACAAGCCUCUGUAUGGGAAUGAUCGUUUUGAGGGCUACUGUAUCGACCUGCUGAGGGAGCUCUCUGGCAUUCUGGGCUUCCGAUAUGAGGUGCGAUUGGUGGAAGAUGGGAAGUAUGGCGCGCUUGAUGAGAGCACGGGCCAAUGGAACGGCAUGGUGCGGGAGCUCAUGGAUCAUAAAGUAGACCUGGCAGUUGCUCCUCUGGCCAUCACCUACGUCAGAGAGAAGGUCAUCGACUUCUCGAAGCCCUUCAUGACAUUGGGGAUAAGUAUCCUGUACCGCAAGCCCAACGGCACCAACCCCGGGGUCUUCUCCUUCCUCAACCCCCUCUCGCCCGAUAUCUGGAUGUAUAUUCUGCUGGCUUGCUUGGGUGUCAGUUGUGUGCUGUUUGUCAUAGCCAGGUUUAGCCCUUAUGAGUGGUACAACCCGCAUCCAUGCAACCCAGACUCGGACGUAGUGGAAAACAAUUUUACGCUGCUCAAUAGUUUCUGGUUUGGAGUUGGGGCUCUCAUGCAGCAAGGCUCAGAGCUCAUGCCCAAGGCGCUGUCGACUCGAAUAGUGGGAGGCAUCUGGUGGUUCUUCACCCUCAUCAUCAUUUCCUCAUAUACGGCCAACCUGGCUGCCUUUCUCACUGUGGAGAGGAUGGAGUCGCCCAUAGAUUCAGCCGAUGACCUGGCCAAGCAAACUAAAAUCCUGUACGGGGUGGUGGAGGACGGUGCCACCAUGACCUUCUUCAAGAAAACAAAAAUCUCCACCUAUGACAAGAUGUGGGAGUUCAUGAACAGCAGGAGGCAAUCUGUGAUGGUCAAGAACAUGGAGGAGGGCAUCCAGCGUGUGUUGACCUCGGACUAUGCCUUCCUCAUGGAGUCCACCACCAUCGAGUUUGUCACCCAGCGCAACUGCAACCUCACACAGAUCGGAGGCCUCAUAGACUCCAAAGCCUACGGAGUGGGAACACCUAUGGGGUCCCCAUACAGAGACAAGAUCACAAUAGCCAUUCUGCAGCUGCAGGAGGAAGGGAAGCUACACAUGAUGAAGGAGAAGUGGUGGAGAGGGAACGGCUGCCCCGAGGAGGAGAGCAAAGAGGCCAGCGCUCUGGGGGUGCAGAACAUCGGUGGGAUCUUCAUCGUGCUGGCUGCAGGACUGGUGCUGUCAGUGUUUGUGGCUGUAGGGGAGGUCCUCUAUAAGUCUAAACAGAACGCCCAGCUGGAGAAGCGAUCAUUCUGCAGUGCCAUGAUGGAUGAGCUGCGCGUGUCUCUGAAGUGCCAACGCCGUCUCAAACAGAAGCCUCAGCCGCCCGUCAUCGUUAAGACAGAGGAGGUCAUUAACAUGCACACGUUCAACGAUAGGAGACUCCCAGGAAAGGAAACCAUGGCAUGAACGUUGAGUAUACCCCGAACACACCCCUCAAUAAAUACCAUGGAGGGGUGACAGGGUCAAAUUAAAUGCUGACUUAACCACAGACUGAGGUUAGCAGAUUCUUUUGAACCCACUUGCUUAUGUAGACAGAUGUUUCCUGUGGAAAUAUAGAUACCUGCGCAGUGUCACCUCACUGUGACGUUCACUUUUUGAAGGGAGCUAGAAAGGAAGGACUCAAAAGUGUGUAAAUUGAAAGAGGAUCCAAGCAGGUUGGGGACAAAAUAUAAAUCUGGUCCACACUAGAAGUGGACUUAAACACACACAUAACACUUAUAUGCGCUCACACACACACACACACACACACACACACACACACACACACACACACACACUCUCUCUCUCUCUCUCUCUCUCUUGCUCUCUCUUUCUCACUCUCUCAUCUGACACACUUGACACCUGUGCAGAAGAGAAAACUCUAUUGUGACAGUAACAUCAGAUGUAGUUUUUUCUGUUGAUGUCAAUGCCCUUUUGUCUUACCUCCAUGUGUGUGUGUGAGACCCCAUCAGCCCCUCCCUUCAGUGACUUGAGUUUCUUUCAAAUGAUUUGAACAAGCACUAAUCUCGCACCAACAAAGGGAACGGUAGUCCUUGCCAAAUGGUUUACUAUGAACUGAUGUAUAAAAGUGAUAUUUAGUUUGGAAUCAUCUAUGCUGACCUUGUCGAAUACUCAUUGUUUUCUUCUGUAAUGCCUCUCUCGUGCCAAAGUUCUGCCACUGUAAAGAACUUUCUGCCAUGCAUAUUAUGUUCAAAGCCUCUACAAGCAAUGUAUACUGUCAAAGUCCUAAUUCAUGUCCAUCUUUACACGCGGUUGCAGUUUUCACUCUGUAUCAGUUGUUGUUUAAAAUGCAGGAUUUCUACAAAAAUGUUUGUUUUUGUACAAGAACAAGACGUUUUGUAGUACUUUGUAUCAUGGUAGCCCCUCAUGUGGACAAAAUAUGUAGCAGAUACCAACUCAGCCCUCAAACUCUGACAACUGUUUCCUAUGGGGCUUCAAACUCUGCUGUGUAGGGUUCAUUUCUCUCAUCAAUCAGAGUCUUUUGUCUGUCAGUCCUAUGGGACCAGCUGUACGUACUAUCUGGGGACAAUGUGGUGGUUUUUGGUGAGUAAGAACAAUGAAACUGUAAACUAAGUGGUGUUCAAAGUAGGAAAGGCAAUGACUCAUUCUAGAAAUUGGAACAGUGCUUCUGUCAGCAAAGUCCUACUGACAGCAAGUGUGGUUAACUAUCUGUAGCUAUGAUGAGUCACCAUGAAAGACAUAGUAAAACAUGCAAAUGUUUUAUCAUGGAACUUUGACUGAUAUGAAGUCCUAAAAGUCUUAUUUAAGACAUAAUAAGGCAAGUUGCUACACUGGAGGAAGAAAAACGUCACUUGAAUCUAGAAAAUGAUUGACAAAAAAAAAAGGCUGAAGUAAUCCCACAGCACUGACUGAUUCUGUUUUAGAAAAAUAAGACUUUGAGAACUCAGUGAUAGACACCAUCGCUUUGUUGACAGGCAGUGAAAAUUAAUAAUUGACUAUGAAGAAAAUAAUCUCAACACGAGGUCCAUUUAGUAGCUGUUCUGGACCUUUUGAUCAUACCGCAUGAUCUCCGUCAGCAAAUGAAAUCUACUCAGUUGCCGUGUCAACUUCUCAUUGUCAACUUUUAAGCCAACAUGGAUGAGAACUCCUUAAAGUGAUGAUCAUGUGAUAUGAUUGAAAGCUCCAGAACAGCUACUAAGUGGUGAGAUUGUUCUUUCAACUGCUGCUGCCAAGGUCAGGAAGGAAUUUUGAACCUCAAUGAUGGGCGACUUAUCAAUGUACAUAUGCAGUAAAUCUGAUGUGAGAAUAAUCAGCAGCUUUGAGGCACUUCGUGCAAAUGUCUCACCUCGGCUCAUAUGCCCGGUGUUGCUCCACUUAUGUUGCCUCAGGUGGACUUUAGCAAGUGGACGGAGCAGAUCAUUGAUCCACUAAUUGUCUCCAGAUGUGUAUUCUCUCCACAAAGUGACACAAUCACGUUCGGCCCUACGACAUGUCUUGUCUGUUGACUUUGUUCCAUGUUGUGAAAUGACAAGCAUACUUGGUAGGUCACUUCUUCACUGCCCCUGUCUUGCUACACUAGUUAAUCAUUCGACCUGUUAUUCCAGGGAUUUCAAAGACAAAAAAACAAACAGCCACACAAUGCUAGUGAUGACAUCUCUGUUGUACAUGAAUGGAUAUAGUUAAUGACUUAUUUAAAACAAACACAUACACACAUUAUGGAAAUUGACAGGUGAAGACAUAAUCCUGAAACUCAUUGGCGUUCUACCAGUGUUGCUUGUCAUUUUCCACGCAGCUAAAUCUAGUGGUGUGAGCUGAAGUGAUUGAAUACCUGGAAACAUUUAUUAGAAACAACUUCAAAGGCUUGGCUGUCCUGUCGAAAAACAAAUAUGAGCUCAUGGAAUUUGACAUUGAUGCAAGGUUUUACAAAUAAUGUCAUUAAAAAUAUCAUAAUUGUA